AUGGUGUUGACGAACACGUUCAAUUCUUACUAGAACGUUUGCAACAUUUAAAUAAACAUCAAGUCGAAGAACCUGACAAUAUUAUUCCUUGUGAGGACAAUAAUGAAAAUGAACCAGUGGAAUGUAUGAUAUUUACGUUGGAAGAGGCAUUACAAAAAUUCCAAUUACAAUGA